AUGGCAAAAGUAUUCGAUGCGGCAGAAGUCGCGAAACAUAAUACUCGGGAGAGCUGUUGGGUAAUUCUAUAUGGCAAGGUCUACGAUGUGACCGAUUUCCUAUCAAGUCACCCGGGCGGAGCCAAGAUCAUCUUGAAGCUGGCGGGCAAGGAUGCCACGGAGGAAUAUGAUCCAAUCCACCCCCCGGGUAUUCUUGACGAAGAGCUCAAGUCAGAGCAGUGUAUCGGGACGGUGGAUGCCAGUACAUUGCCCAAAGAAGAGGUCCCGGUAGAGACACAGGAGCCCGUGCAAGGGCCGCCCCCCGUGGAAUCCUUGCUCAAUCUCGAUGAGAUCGAGGAAGUUGCAACCAAACAGGUGAACAAGAAGGCAUGGGCAUACUACUGGUCAGCCUCCGACGACAAAUUCUCCAAGAACUUCAACAACCAAGUCUAUCGAUCCAUUCUCCUCCGACCAAGGGUUUUCAGAGACUGCGAGCGCUGUGAUUUGUCGAGCACUGUGCUAGGUCAUAAACUGAGUCUGCCGAUCUAUGUGUCACCCGCUGCCAUGGCUCGUCUCGGCCACCCGGAUGGUGAAGCAGGCAUUGCAGAGGCUUGUCGCAGCUUUGGCGCAAUGCAAAUUAUUUCCAACAAUGCCUCCAUGACCCCAGAGCAGAUUGUGAAGGAUGCGGCGCCGGAUCAAGUGUUCGGGUGGCAACUCUAUGUUCAGAUUGACCGGAAGAAGAGCGCAGCCAUGCUGGCGCGCAUCAACAAGCUCAAAGCGAUCAAGUUCAUUGUCCUGACUUUGGAUGCCCCCGUCCCAGGCAAGCGUGAGGAAGAUGAACGAAACAGCCUGGUGGGAGCCGUGAAGGAGGCUGACAGGUCAAAAGACACUCCUGAUGUUUCUCAAGCAUCCGGGGGUGUGGGUAAAACCCUUUUCGCCGGCACAGACCCGACAUUGACCUGGCGCGAGACUUUACCUUGGUUGGCCCAACACACUGAUCUGCCCAUCGUUCUCAAGGGUCUACAGACACACGAAGAUGCUUAUCUCGCAUCACUGCACACUCCACAAGUCAAGGGCAUUAUCCUCUCCAACCAUGGUGGGCGAGCACUGGACACAGCACCACCAGCAGUCCACACUCUGCUAGAGAUUCGAAAAUACUGCCCUGAAGUCUUUGAUAAGCUCGAGGUCUAUGUGGAUGGUGGGAUCCGUCGCGGCACUGAUAUCAUCAAGGCACUUUGCCUGGGUGCCAAAGCCGUGGGUAUUGGACGUGCUGCUCUUUGGGGAUUGGGAGCCGGUGGUACGGACGGUGUCCGUCGCGUAUUGCAGAUCUUGUCCGAUGAAAGCCAGACCUGCAUGCGCCUACUUGGUGUGGAAACUGUGGAUGCUCUUGGACCUCAAUACAUCAACACUCGCAUGGCUGAACAACAGAUCUUCGACGGGCCCUCGGGCCUUGAAUCUUUACGGCAAGAUUUCCGAGCGAAACUUUAG